AUGGGAGAUUCACUGGAGAGAUUGGGAUCAGAUGGAGGAGCUACUAUGAUGAAAGAGGAUUUGUGCAUGGAGAUCGAUCCAUCGUUUAAAGAAAAUCUCGCUACUGCUGAGGACUGGCGAAAAGCGCUAAGUAAGGUUGUUCCGGCUGUGGUCGUCCUCCGUACUAACGCCUGCCGAGCAUUCGACACUGAACCGGCUGGUGCUAGCGCGGCUACUGGUUUUGUCGUUGAUAAACGCCGUGGCAUCAUACUCACCAACAGGCACGUUGUUAAACCAGGACCUGUGGUGGCAGAAGCAAUGUUUGUCAAUCGUGAAGAGAUACCAGUGUAUCCUAUAUAUAGAGACCCGGUUCAUGACUUCGGCUUUUUCCGGUAUGACCCUGCGGCAAUCCAAUUUCUUAGCUAUGAAGAGAUACCUCUGGCACCGGAAGCUGCUUGUGUGGGACUGGAGAUAAGGGUUGUUGGGAAUGAUAGUGGAGAAAAGGUCUCUAUUUUGGCUGGUACCCUUGCUCGUUUGGACAGAGAUGCGCCUCAUUACAAGAAAGAUGGCUACAAUGACUUCAAUACAUUCUACAUCCAAGCUGCUUCUGGCACCAAAGGUGGUUCAAGUGGUUCCCCAGUCAUUGAUUGGCAAGGUAGAGCAGUUGCCUUGAAUGCUGGUAGUAAGUCAUCAAGUGCUUCUGCUUUUUUCUUGCCUUUGGAACGGGUGGUCAGGGCGUUGAAGUUCUUACAACAGGGAAGAAACUCAUUUACUGAUAAAUGGGCAGCGGUGUCCAUUCCUCGUGGUACGCUUCAGGCCACAUUUGUCCAUAAAGGGUUUGACGAAACUCGUCGACUUGGUCUUCAAAGUGAAACGGAACAGCUGGUCCGAAAUGCAUCUCCACCAGGCGAAACUGGCAUGCUAGUUGUGGACUCGGUGGUACCGGGUGGUCCAGCUCACAAUUGCUUGGAGCCAGGUGAUGUGCUAGUUCGGAUGAACGGGGAGGUGCUUACUCAAUUCCUGAAGAUGGAGACUUUAUUUGAUGAUAGUGUCCACCAGAAGGUGGAACUUCAAAUUGAAAGGGGUGGCAAAUCAUUAACUAUGAACUUGGUGGUUCAGGAUUUGCACUCGGUGACGCCUGAUUACUUCUUGGAAGUUAGUGGUGCUGUGAUACAUCCUCUAUCAUACCAACAGGCUAGAAAUUUCCGUUUUCAUUGUGGUCUUGUCUAUGUUGCUGAGCCGGGGUAUAUGUUCUUUAGAGCUGGAGUUCCUAGACAUGCUAUAAUUAAGAAGUUCGCCGGUGAAGAUAUAUCAAGGGUUGAGGACUUUGUAACUGUUCUUUCCAAGCUGUCUAGAGGUGCAAGAGUGCCCCUGGAAUACAUAAGCUAUGCUGAUCGUCAUCGUAGAAAGUCUGUCCUUGUCACAGUAGAUCGACAUGAGUGGUAUGCCCCUCCAAGGAUAUAUACUCGUGAUGACAGCUCUGGAUUAUGGAUAGUGAAGUUGGCUUUACCAUUUAAUACUCCAGUUGCUCCUCCAUGCUCAAACGUUGUUGAUCUAGAUUCAGAAAGAGAUAUAUUACCAUCAAACAGUGGUGUGGUUAGUCCAAUGGAACAGAUGCAUCAGUUUGUCUGCGACUCAACGGAUGGUGUCACCAGCAUGGAAACUAGUUUGGAACAAGUUACGGAUCAGGAAGAAUCUGAUGCUGGAACCAAAAAAAGGAGAGUGGAGGAGGUAUCCUCAAUUGAUGGAAAUGUCGUUGAUUAUGCACUCCAUGAGCCAGGGGAGGAAAGGAUGGAGGAUUCUGGAGAUGCUGGAAAUGGAAUUUCAAGAGAUUAUCUACAAGCUGCAAAUGGAGCGGGAAAUGCUUCAGUUGCUGAACGUGUCAUAGAGCCGACACUUGUGAUGUUUGAGGUUCAUGUGCCUUCCGUAUGUAUGAUUGAUGGAGUCCACUCACAAAAUUUCUUUGGAACUGGUGUUAUCAUAUAUCAUUCCAAAACCAUGGGAUUAGUUGCUGUUGACAAAAAUACAGUUGCAGUAUCUGUUUCUGAUGUCAUGCUGUCUUUUGCUGCUUUUCCUAUGGAAAUUCCUGGGGAGGUGGUUUUUCUCCAUCCCGUCCAUAAUUUUGCGCUUGUUGCAUACGAUCCAACUGCAUUGGGAGAUAUUGGUGCCUCUAUGGUGCGUGCUGCUGAACUUCUUCCAGAACCUACACUUCGUCGAGGAGAUUCCGUAUGCCUCGUUGGUUUGAGCAGAAGCCUCCAGGCAACGUCAAGAAAAUCUUUCGUCACCAAUCCUUGUGCUGCAUUGAACAUUGGUUCAGCUGAUUGUCCACGCUAUAGAGCAACCAAUAUGGAAGUUAUUGAGCUUGAUACUGAUUUUGGCAGUUCAUUUUCUGGUGUAUUAACGGAUGAGCUUGGGAGAGUUAAAGCAUUAUGGGGAAGCUUUUCAACUCAGCUGAAAUAUGGUUGUCAUUCAUCUGAGGAUCAUCAGUUUGUUCGGGGGAUUCCAAUCUAUACUAUCAGCCAAGUUCUUGAUAAAAUCAUAGCUGGUGGUGAUGGUCCUCGGCUCCUGAUAAAUGGUGUAAAGAGACCAAUGCCACUUGUCAGAAUAUUGGAAGUUGAGCUAUACCCUACUUUGCUCUCUAAAGCCCGAAGCUUUGGGCUAAGUGAUGCUUGGAUCCAGGCUCUUGUGAAAAAAGAUCCUAUUAGACGUCAAGUAUUGAGGGUUAAAGGGUGCUUAGCAGGGUCAAGAGCUGAAAAUUUAUUAGAGCAAGGUGACAUGGUUCUGGCAAUAAAUAAAGUGCCAGUCACAUGUUUCCAUGGCAUUGAAGAAGCUUGCCUAGCUUUGGACCAGGAUGGCAAUAGUGAUGGGACACUUAAAAUGACAAUCUUUCGACAGGGACAUGAGAUGGAAUUACUUGUUGGAACAGAUGUUAGAGAUGGUAAUGGAACAACUCGUGUGAUUAAUUGGUGUGGGUGCAUUGUCCAAGAUCCACACCCUGCAGUGCGUGCUCUUGGAUUUCUUCCUGAAGAAGGCCAUGGGGUUUACGUGGCAAGGUGGUGCCAUGGAAGUCCAGUGCAUCGAUAUGGUCUAUAUGCUCUUCAAUGGAUUGUCGAAGUUAAUGGGAAACGCACACCGAAUCUGGAUUCUUUCGUCGAGGCAACAAAGGAAUUGGAACACGGGGAAUUUGUCCGUGUCAGAACUGUGCACUUAAAUGGGAAACCUCGGGUACUUACCCUGAAGCAAGAUCUACACUAUUGGCCUACAUGGGAGUUGAGGUUUGAUCCUGAAUCUGCAAUUUGGCGGCGAAAGACAAUUAAAGCUUUAGAUUGUAACAUCUCCCCUUAA